UGCCUUUUUUAAAAUCGACACAAAUCGAGAAAUGCACUUACCAUCGAUCUAAGUAUGCGAAAAUGCUUUCUAUUAAAGCAGCAUUAGGAGAGGCCUCAUGAACUACGAAUCAUCAAAGUUCUAUUAGUUAAGUGUUUGCUUGGUGAUCUUGUCUCAUCAAUGUCUACUGAUGAGAGAAUGAAUCCAAGUAAUAAGUUUGUCCUCAUGAAGGAUACUAGAGGAUACAGUUGUGGCAGAUGCCGACAACGAUUAUUCCCAAUUACAAUAAAUGUCUCAGAAAUCCAGUUCCAAUGCCCAGCAUGCCAAAGAGUUGCAUCUAGUCCAGGUCGACCAUAUGAAGGAAGCUGUAAUAAUACAGCAGAUGGCAGAGUUUCUAAUGUUGUCCAAAAGUACAGGAAUAAGUUUUUCGGAUGCCAUGAUCGUCAAAACAGUGAUUCAGAAAAACCCAACUCAUUGAAUUGGAAUCCUUCUCCUUUACAGUCCUCCUCAUCUCCAUCGUCUUCUCGAUCUGAUCAGAGACCAAGAAAACGAGCGCUGCUAAUCGGAGUAACUUACAAGAAGUGGAAGUACAGGCUAAAGGGAACUGUCAAUGAUGUCAGGAAUAUGAGAAGUUUGUUGAUCGAAAGUUUCGGUUUCAAACCACAGAACAUCCUCGUUCUCACAGAAGAUGAGACAGAGCCAAAUCUAACUCCUACAAAGAAAAACAUUGAGAUAUCCUUGCAAUGGCUUGUGAAGGAUUGCAGGAGGGGUGACUCCCUGGUGUUUUUUUUCUCCGGCCACGGCUUGCGACAACCGGAUUUCAAUAGGGAUGAACGUGAUGGGUUUGAUGAAACUAUUUGCCCUGUUGAUUUCUUGAACGAAGGAAUGAUUCUUGAUAAUGAUAUUAAUUCCACCAUUGUUUGGCCGCUUCCUGAAGGUGUCACUCUUCAUUCAAUUGUCGAUGCUUGUCACAGCGGAACCAUUCUUGAUCUUGUCUAUGUUUACAACAGAGAAAAAGAUAAAUGGGAAGAUAAUAGCCCUCCAAAUGGUACAAGGAAACAUACAAAUGGUGGAUUGGCAAUUUCUCUCAGUGCUUGUGAAGAUAACCAAAUGGCUGCCGACACCACGGCUUUCACAGAAAAGGGAAUGAAUGGUGCUCUAACCUAUAUUCUAAUAGAAAUUGUGAAGAAACACCCAGAAACAACAUACAGUGACCUACUUGAUAAGAUACAUGCGACCAUUGAUGACGUCAAUAACAGUGGAUGCCUUUUUUCAAGGGUUUUAAGAUCCAUGUUCCACAACAAGAUUUUACAGAAGCCUCAACUUUCAGCUUCAGAACCAUUUCAAGUUAAGAAAAAAAAAUUUAUUUUGUAAUCAUAAUAAAGAACCAGAUGAUGAUCAGCUUCACUUCAAAAGAGUACGACUCAAUAAAUAUGACAAGAGCAAUGAGAAAUAAUAAGGUCUUUGUGGAUCAUCCUA